UAGAAGAAUUGCUCUUACCCCCGUGCCAUUCAAAUGCAGACUCUAUGUAAAGAUUCCUGUCUUAAGAUAUAUAGAUUGUUACUUUGAGAAGCUAGUAAGAUACGGCAUUGUCCAUGCAGUUUUCGAGCAGUAUUGAAUAUUUCUUCCCAAGAGGAUUAUGUGUUAUACAUGAAUAUUGGUAACUAGCUUGUAAUGGCUUCGGACGCAAGUAAAACAGGUCUGAGGGUGAUUCAAAAUGCUCCAAGAAAUUUAAACGAUGAAAAAGCAAACGAUAAUUUUAAUGUUCCUUUGGAAUACGAUGAAUCGUCUAUUCAUAAGACAAUCUUAGUCGGAGACAGCGGAGUGGGAAAAACAUCACUUCUGGUACAGUUUGAUCAGGGAAAGUUCCAGGCUGGGUCAUUUUCAGCAACUGUUGGAAUAGGAUUUACGAAUAAAGUGGUCGAUGUUGAUGGGACAAAGGUUAAGUUACAGAUUUGGGACACGGCUGGUCAAGAAAGGUUUCGAAGCGUUACGCAUGCGUAUUACAGGGACGCUCAUGCAUUACUUCUUCUUUAUGAUGUAUCCAAUAAAGCAAGUUUUGACAACAUACGAGCGUGGCUGGGUGAAAUAAAUGAGUAUGCUCAGGAAGAUGUCGUUAUCAUGCUGCUGGGUAACAAAGCCGAUAUGACAGCUGAACGGGUUAUAAGAACGGAGGACGGGGAGCGAUUAGCUAAUGAAUAUAAUGUUGCCUUUAUGGAAACAAGUGCCAAGACAGGAAUGAAUGUAGAUUUAGCAUUUAUGGCAGUUGCAAAGGAUUUAAAGAUGAAGAAAACAAGAAAACCUACUGAUCCUAAAUUCAGUGUAACGGACUACGUAAACCAAGAAAAACAAAGCAUAGGUUGUUGCAGUAGCUAACCAUAUUUUAUGUGCAAUAGGAUAGGCAUUUUUAAUCAAUUAUCAAUGAUUUAAUCCAAGUGCUGCCGUCGUUUCUGUGGUUGUUCUGUUGAAAUCCAAGAUUCUGUUAUUUAUCAAAGAUUUAGAGAAAAAAUAUUCCUUAGAAUUUUCUUUAAAUCUGCUCAAUCAGGAAAUACUAUAGUAUAUUUUUGUUCCGUAUUUUUGUUUUUCAAUGUUAUUUUCAAAAGCAAUCCAAUGUUCGCUUUUUUCACCUUUUUUUGUUUAAAAAAAUCAAUAGACCUAAUUCAUUUUGAAAGCAUAUUCAUUUUGAAUACAUUGAUCAUGACAACUAUUGGUAAGAAGUGGUUCAGUAUGUGUUGUCUUCUGAGAUAUGGGUCACUUCUUAUUGAUAUCUGUUUUACAACAGGCAAUUUAUGAAUCUGCAUAUUCACCCACAGUAGAUAGUGAUUAAAAAUAUGAAUUAAAAAAUUGAAAGAAUUAUCUAUAUGCCUAUCAGCAAGGACUGGCAUAUAUAGAAACAUUUUUCAUAUAUCUAGGUUCAGAUUUGUAAUUUAUAUAUUUUAAUUACAUAAAAAAUUAUCACACAUUCAAAAAUGCCUCGGAAGAGUCCAUUUAUAAAGAAAGUGCGCUCUCACAGAUUUCAACCGUUAGAAGGUGAUGACAGUCUUUGUGCUCAUAAUAACUUUGUUUUCAUGUGAAUCUAUUAUUAGAGAAUAAUAAAAAACCACACGUAUAUUUAAAACUCUCUGCUUUAGACACUGUUCUAAAUCCACUUGUCUACUCUAUAAAUUAAAGUCAAAUGAAUUGUCUCAAUUCUUUAUAUCCUGUAUCUUUUUAUAACCUGUUUUUGUUUAUUUGUUCGUUGGAUAUUUCCAAAGGAAUAAUUAUUUACACGAUAUCUCAAAAAUGUGGCCUGUUUUGAAAUCCAUAUAUAUUUUAUUUGUUAUUAGUUUUACAGUGGUCUUAUUUUUCAUUGAAUGUAAUGUUAGAAUUAUUUAUAGUUUUAAGAGUGUAUUAUGUAUUAUGAAUAAGGUUUAGUGGAUGUAGGAAAAUUAGUAUAUCGUAGAUGAUUCCAUACACAUUUAUAGGUAGAUGGGCUUGGAAUAUCUUUUUUAUUUUAAAAUAUCAGAUGAAACAUGAUAAAAAAAAGUAAAUGAACGUGACUGAAUGAUUAUUACAUUCCAUAAUACUUAGUAUAUUCAUUUCUGAAAUUAAUCAAUGUUUAAUUCAUUUACGUUAAUAAAUGCUAAAAAUGGUGAAUAUACUUUACAUGCAGUAGUGACUUUGGUGCUCUUCCAUUCUUUACUCACAUAAGAACAAAUUUUCAUUUCACUGCUUGCAUUAAAGAUUAGUCCAAUAGAUUUUUACCGUCUACACCUCAAGGUUUCAUAUUAGUGUGUAUGGUAUGACGUUGUUUACAGUGAAAUUGUUGUGCUAAGAUCUGAUAUUAUUGUUUUAAUAAAUUGUUACAAAAAAUUG